AUGAAGUAUGUGACUUUCAUUCUAGUUUUGUGCGUAAUAAGUGUAUUUGGUAGAGUAGCUGAAGUUAAAAAAGAUGAAUUAAAUAAUUUAAUAAUAGAUGAGAAACCAGUAAAAACCCAACAAAGUAUUGUAAACAAUACGGUUGAGGUGAAUAUUGUGAAUAAUAAUACCGAUAACAAGGUUCACGAGAAACCGAUUGAUGAAAACACGAAUGUUACGAAGAAAACGUGCGACACACGAGUCGAAGAUAACCUACUAGAUGCCAAUCAUACUAAUACAAAUACUACAAGUAGUAAUAAACCUUGUGAACCAGAAGCUAGAGUUGAUAAUGGAACAGCGCUGAUAUUAACUCCUUACCUGAAGGAAGGUAAAGCGAGGGAGGCGAAAAGGGCUGCUAGAGUGGAUUCGAAACUUUUCUUGGGAUUCAAGAGUUACUCUGGCUUCCUAACGGUGAACGAAACAUAUAAUUCGAACAUUUUCUUCUGGUACUUCCCGGUGUUGAAUAAGCCAGUGAACGAGAGCCCAUGGAUCAUCUGGCUCCAAGGAGGGCCAGGAGCCUCCAGCUUGACUGGACUUUUCGAUGAAAUUGGACCGUUUACCGUAGUGAACUCAACUUUGAAACGGAACCCUCACACAUGGCUGCACAACCAUUCCCUGCUGUUCAUCGACAAUCCCGUCGGCACUGGCUACAGCUUUACUGAACAUAACGAGGGAUUCACUACGAAUAUGGCUACGUACUCAAACCAUCUCUUCAUUGCUCUGAAGCAGUUUUUGCAAAUAUUCCCUGAACUAAAGACGGUACCGUUGUACUUAGCCGGUGAAUCUUAUGCUGGGAAAUACGUUCCUGCUAUGGCGAUGGAAAUACACAAACGAAAGGAAAAACUAGAGUCUGAAAUCAAUCUACAGGGUCUUAUAAUUGGCAACGCAUACGUGGAUCCUGAGGUGAUAUCCCAUAUCGCUUUGCCUUUCCACUACUUCGGUCUACUGGAGAAAGAGCAGCUUGAGAUGGUGAAGCCUCUGAUCGACGCGUUCCAGGAGUCAAUCAGGAACAACAACAGCAUUGAAGCUAAAAAUAAAUGGAAUAGUCUAGUAUCAGUUCUCCUCUUCAUAUCCAGCCAGAAGCACGGUUACAACUUCCUCCGUGACGACCUCCUUGUCGGGAAGUAUGUCAGCUUUCUGAAGACUACACCUGUAAAGAGAGCUAUCCACGUUGGUGACAUCAACUUCGAAUGGGUUAACAUGACUGUAAACGUGAAUUUGGCACCAGACUUCUUGAGCUCCACUAAACCUAUGUUUGAAAGACUUUUGGAACAUUAUCGAGUGCUUGCUUAUUGCGGCCAGUUGGACCAGAUGCUGCCCUGUGUGUUUACAUCAGAGAACUAUCGCACUUGGAAGUGGAGCGGUUCCGAAGAGUUUCUCAACGCCACCAGGUUCCCCUAUAUCUUCAAUAACAGACUCGCUGGGUAUCACAAAACUGGUGGUCGUUUAACUGAGGUCGUAUUCCGAGGGGCUGGUCAUAUGGUGCCGUUAGACAAACCAGCUCCUGCAGAGAACUUGGUGGCUCGGUGGACACACAGCAAACCGCUCAGCCGUCGAUACGGACUGCUCGAAGGAUCGUACAUCCAAGAAUACAUCAGGAACAACACCAUAUUCCACUACCUCUGA